CCUCAAAUCGCCUGUUCAACAACACCACACGUCAUAUCAACACCGACAACGAGGACGUGCAAAAAUGGAGUCGCCAUACAAAGAACGCUUCGAGGCGCUCUUGGACUGGGCUUACAAUCACGGCGCAAGUUUGCACCCUUUGCUUGAGGUGUACCAGGACCAGAAAACGGGGUUUUCGCUACGCGUCAAGCCAUCGGCCGCUGGAAUGCUAUACCAACCCUUUAAGGCCGUCACCUGCCCGACCUCCAUCACACUCUCUUACCUCAACGCCCUCACUGACGGUCCCAUUACGCCGUCUCCAACGACACCGGCUCCCAACACUCAAAAUCCCGCAUUUCCAGAGCGUUUCAUGAACUCUCUCCCGCCACAUGUCAUCGGCCGCUUCUACCUGAUCCAGCAAUACCUCAAGGGCAAAUCCUCUUUCUGGGCGCCCUACAUCUCCACCCUAACCGACCCCAGCCAGCUCGACAAGUGGGCACUGCCUCCCUUCUGGGCCGAGGACGACAUCGAGCUGCUCAAGGGCACCAACGCUUACAUCGCCAUCCAGGAGAUCCAAGACAACGUCAAGUCCGAGUACAAACAGGCGCGCAAGAUCCUCAAAAAGGAAGGAUUCUCCGACUACCGCGCCUAUACUCAGGUGCUGUACAACUGGGCGUACUGCAUGUUCACCAGCCGCAGCUUUAGGCCUUCGUUGAUCCUCUCGGAGUCGGCGAGGGAGUACGUCGAGCGGCUGCUACCGGAGGGAACAAUGUUUGACGACUUCUCCAUCUUGCAGCCCCUGUAUGACAUUGGGAAUCACUCCGUCGAUGCCGAGUAUACAUGGAACCUCACUUCGGAGCCGAGCGCGUGUGAACUGAUCUGCCGGAAUGCCUAUGAGCCAGGUGAUCAGGUUUUCAACAACUACGGGAACAAGACGAACAGCGAGUUGUUGCUGGGCUAUGGCUUCAUCAUUGAACCUCAUGACAUCUAUGAAGAUGGUGACUGCCCCUUCGGGUGCCUGGGGCCGGACGCGCACGGCGAUUGGAGGCCGCACAACGAUUAUAUCCAUGUGCGAAAGAGACAACAACAAGGCGAUACUCAGGACAAGGGCGGCGAGCCGCAGGACUUCUUAAUCGCUCGCGAGUCCUUCUGGGAAGGCUAUGAUGCUUUUGAGAGUCGCAUGGGACCUAAUUUCAGUCCUAACGCACUACAUCACCAGCCCCAGUUCGACCACUGGGAUGGCAGGCUCCUCAAUGAUAUGGUGUCGAUGAUGGCUAGCCCGAAGCAGUGGGAGUUGUUCAAGGAAUUGCCGCAACACUGCGCCGGCAAUGGCUCUCUUGGGGAGGAGCUGGACCCGUUGGUGGACAUGCUAAAGGCUACGUUGGCGCAGAAGAUUGAGAGGGACUUUGUCGAGUUCUCUUGUGGCAGGCCGAAUGGAGGAGGGGAGUGGGAGCCGGCAACCGAGCGACAGGACUUGGUCAAGAGGUACAGAGAUGGCUAUGAGGCGGUGUUUGUUAACGUGCUGAAGGAAUUUCAUUAUACCAAUGAGGAGAUAAUGGCGCUUAAGGCGGCAGCGCAGGAGGAGGGAGACGAAGAGGAGGAUGAGGAGAUGGAGGAUGGGAACUGAGGCCACCUCAGAGAAUGUAAGAGUCCUGUACAACAACCGAAACUCGCACACAGAAAGGCACAACCG